AUGGACUCCCACUCGAGGCGGAGGCACGCUCCGCUGUGGCCGCCGUUUAAACAAUCGUAUCGACAAUUGGGUUCGACCGAACAUGUGAACCUAACACCUCUCGCGGCGACAACCGGUGGCUCUUCGCAGAGGUCGAGUCUCCCUAAUAGCGCGGACAUGUUCAGUCCAGAUUUCAACAACAGCAGGACCGCCUAUACCCCGGACCCGAUGCAGCACGGCACGCCGACCGCACUGCUCAAGAAGCCAUCCCGCAAGUCUUCAGGCUUGUCGCGCAGGAGAAGGUGGUUCGGUCAAGGAUGGCGGGCGAGCUCAAAGAUAGCUUUGGGUUGCGCGGUGACGGUCUUGAUCACCAACAUCUGUCUGACCAUCGGCAUCGUGACGACCGGGGUGAAAAUGAUGGACGGGGUGUACAUGGUCUACGAGGGGAGUUGCAGCAAAACCCAGACAAAGGACAGCUGGGUUCACUUGUGCCUCAACAUCGUUGCCACGUUACUACUGGCCAGUUCCAACUAUUGCAUGCAACUACUCACGUCUCCGACCCGAAGCGAGGUCGACAAGGCUCACGCGAAGCGCAAAUGGCUCGACAUUGGUAUACCGAGUAUUCGCAAUUUAGGGUCACUGAGGAAGAAGAAGGUCGCCCUGUGGUGGAUACUGGCCAUUUCAUCCGUGCCGCUUCAUCUAGUAUACAACUCGGUAUUCUAUUCGGCCCUCGCAACCAACAAUUACAGCAUCCUUUACGCAUCACAGGGUUUUGUCGACCAAUCGGCGGCGUACAACGAAACCGAAUUUCCCAACACGCAAGAUCUGAACGUCACGGACGUGCAAUCCAGAGCCAAAUCAUUCGACCGCCUCGACAACAAAGAUUGCAUCCACGCCUACGCGCGAGAUUUUGUCGAAGACCGCCGCAACGUGAUUGUCGUGGUCAAAGAUCCGCCGGCCGACAAGGGAUCCCUUUUCAAGGUCGCACAGAAUGAUUUCCCCGAAGUCAUCACGCCGAAAUACAACCCCUUUUCAUGGAUUUGCGACAACCCGAACGUCGUGAACGAGACGGGUGCUUGUUGUGAGAACAAAUACGGAUUCGUGCCUUGCCACAAGAUCACCCCCAAACUGGUUGACGUGGCAGCUUCAUGGUCGACGGGCGGUUUCGAGGUGGACCACUGCCUCUCCGAGAUUGUCGAGUCACGAUGCCAUCUCCAUUUCUCCUUGGACCUCAUGGGCGUCGUGCUGACGUUCAACAUCCUCAAGGUCAUCGGGAUAAGCUUCGUCGCUCUCUGGAUGGGCGAGUCGCCCCUCGUCAACAUCGGAGACGCCAUCCAAUCUUUCCUCCGGCAUCCAGACCGCACCACCGAAGGGAUGUGCCUGUCCAGCCACGAGAGCGUGGUCGCGUCGGCCAAACUCGGCAGCAGCGGCUACGCGGCCAUGACGGUGCCGACACGGUACAACCCAAAGCAACGCCGCUACUUCCACGCGGCGACGUGGAACCAGUGGUUAUUCCUGACGGCCCUCUUCGUCCUCGUGUUCGUCGGCACAUCCGUGUGUCUGGGACUCGGGAUCCGUCAUCUGGUCGGCGACAAGACCAUCGCCAACGCCUGGUCGAUCGGGUUCGGCAACGUCAAGCCCGAGAACCUCGUCAUGGGCCUGAGCAUAGGGUACGGGGACAAGUCGAUCGCGGUGUCUACUCUCAUCGCCAACACACCUCAGGCCAUUUUCUCCUUCUUGUACGUCUGCUACAACGCCUUAUUCACCGUCAUGUUCCUGUCGCGGGAACUGUCGAGGUUCAGCGUCACGGCUGGCCGGGGCCGCAAGUACCUUCGCGUCACCGACCCCGAGGGGGAACAAAAGGGAACCUACUUUCUCAGUCUCCCUUACAAGUAUGGAAUACCGUUGCUGUCCGCCUCGGGUCUGGUGCACUGGUUGGUGUCGCAGAGCGUGUUUCUGGCAAACAUCUCCAUCAUCCCUCCCGACGGCUCCCAACCCAUGCAGGACGAGAUCACCACCGUGGCCUAUUCACCCAUCGCCAUGCUGUUUAUCCUUUUUGUCGUGUUGGGCCUGUUGGUUUUCCUGAUCGUCACGGCAGCACGAAAAUUACCCUUUGGUAUGCCUUUGAUCGGCAGCAAUUCCAUCGCCAUCAGUGCCGCCUGUCAUCCUCCCCUUCUUUACGGCGGCGGUGCUGAUGACCAGGGCCAACGGGAGGACAUGGUCAUGAGACCUCUGAACUGGGGUGCCGUUCCGGUUCCAGGGAAGGUGGGUGGUGGUGGUGGUGACUUGGGCAUUCGAGGUGUUGUUCACUUGGAUCGUACGUCGGGUCAUGGCACUUUUCAUGAUGUCGAUGGGUAUGAUUAUGAUGAUCAGAAUAUUGGUCAUUGUUGUUUUAGUGAUCAACCCUUGGUGUCUCCUGAGAGGGGCAAACUUUAUGCCUAG